AUCUCUCCCCAUUGGCGGCAGUCUGAGGAGAUCGAUAACAUAGGGAACUUUGAAGGCUACAACACCGUGUCUUACUUUUCUCAGGUUUUAAUUUACUUCACGUGGAUAUAUUAACUUGACGAAGUGAACUUGACGCUUGAAAUCAUCGGAGACAUUCCUUUCCCGGAUUGGUGUAAUAAAAGUGUUAUUAAACGCUUUACUUGAAUCUACUUAUAAGGCCUAAAUAAAAGUCCUGCCAUGAGCGUGUUCUCCAAGGCCACCAGCAGCUUCGUGCGGCAGAUGCAGGGCGACCGGGACGGGAGUCUGAUCCAUGUCUCCCGCCCCCACGACUCACACAAGCUGGUUCCCUUGGCGGUGGUCGUGAAGCGCAACCGCUACUGGCCCUGGCAGAGGCCCAAAUACCAGCCCUCUGACUUCAUCCUCAGGGACUUGUUGCAGGGCGAUGCAGCUUUUGAUCCUGAUGUGACUGAGUCACCCUUCAUCAGCUACAAUGAAACUUCUAGAGAUGACAAGAGUGGCAAUUGGAAAGCCAAGGCAGACAUGGUCCAGGUAGACGUGGAGGGAGAAGGAUCCUCCAAGCGGAAGUUAUCGUUUGGAAAUCUUCAGAACCAGAAGGUGACCGUGAAGAGGCUUCUAGAAGACUGCCGUGACAGGAAGCUGGACAUGAGGCAUUAUCUGGUACAGCAGGUUCAGAAGAGGAACGAGGUGCUUGCUGUCCUGAAAGAGAGGGUCCUCACUACCACGCCCUGUGGCAUCACAGAGACCCAGAAGAAACAGGGCUCCUGCAUGGGGGUGCUGAACUUAAUGGGCAUGCUGGGAACCGAGAUCAGUGUGCAGGAGAGUUUUUCUGUGAACGUUGACAGGGACAUUUCCCUGGAGAUUCCAGCUCAAACAGUCAUCGCCUACAGCCUCCUGGAGCUAGAGAUUCAAAAAGGUGGAAACUUUAAGCUAUGUCUGCAACCCGAAACGUUUGGAGGAUUUGAAUCGGAUUCAGGGACCUCCUCUCCGUCAUUUGACACCGUUGACCAGCAGCGUGUGGGGAAUGGCAUCGACUUAAGCAGGAUCCAACCUCCGAAAAGAGCCCCUCUAAGUGCAUUGAACUCUGAGUUACAGAAGCAGGAGGAGUCUCUGUGUCUGCUGGCAGAGCUCCCAGUGCGGAGGUGCCUGUUCGAGAUGCUGUUCAAGAGCCUGGAGGAUAGGGACACGCUGUCACUGCAGGAGCAAGCGUUGGCGGAUUGGUGUUGUAGAGCAGGUGUGCUGGAGUUACAACCACAAAGAAUGAAUGCCCCUUCCUGUGCCUUGCUGGAUCUCCUCUGCCUGGUUCCAGCCAUCCAAUCAGAGAAUGGCUCAGCUGCAGAAUGUAGCCCACCUCCCCAGCUGACUGCUGUACACCUAUUGGUCAGCGCCAUGGAAGCGUUGCCCGAUGAAACGCUCUUCCAGCUGACCCUGUGCUCUCCUGAGAUUCUGCAGGCCAUUGAUGAACUUAUUUGUCAAUUAAGAGGGAGCUGUCAACCUCUGCCUGACAACUCUGUUCCGGCCAUCCUAUUGGAGGAGGACGGAAAGACCUGGAAGUUGUUGGAACAGUUGCUCCGCUCGUCCAACGUGACUCUGGAGAGGGUGAAAGACGGGCUGAGGGCAGAGACAGGAAGUGAGGAGGGUGACCUGCCAUUGGUCCUGUGCCUCACUAUAAGAGGCCUAUCAUCUCUUUGUAAUGGGGAUGACUAACAUGUGUAUUAAAUGGGAUACAUUUAAUACACAUGUUAGUUAGAUACAUUUAAGACUUUUAAUUCAUUGCAGUUUCUUUAUUGCAAGAUGUACGAAACAUUUUGUAUUAUUUGUUAUAUUCAGCUAUUACAUGUCAUACAGCAUGUGACAUAUAUAAAGCUAUUUAACCUCUAAAAUACAUGUCAUAUAAUUGUUACAUGUUAAAAUACAUAACAGAUUAUUAAGCUAUGCACUGUUUUUAUGCAUUUAAUGGUAGAAAUGUUCAAUGUUCAGCAUUGUGCAAAAUUAAACAUUUGUUAAAAUAACCAAUUUAGCCCUGACUGUGUCCCGCAGUCACACAUUUAGAAUUUUCCCUGAAAUGAUAAAAAAAAAUCUAAACGUUCCUCUGGUUUGGUUCCUGUCGUUAACAAUGGUGGAGGAAGUCACACCAGAUGAUGAUCACAACCAUGCAUUAUUAGGUGACUGCUGCAUGCAGCGCUCAACUAUUGUUAGGUGAGUGCUGCAUGCAGUAAGACUUCUUCAGGUAGAUCCUUACCUUAAUACGCUCGCAAUGAGAACGCUGUCGUCAAGUGUCGCUGCUGGCCACUUGGCUGCACUACUGAGCAAACGCGUUGUGUAGGCCUAUUAUGAUUAUUACAUUUCAUGUCCUGGCUAUUGAUUACACCGAUAGUAAUCGUUUAAGGCGAGUUCAGUUCCAAUCAGUUCAGUUCUGUUCAGUUUAACUUUAUUGUCAUAAAAAACACAACAAGGACACAUGACAAAGAGAUAGACACGGGCUAAUAUAUGUUAAAAAACUGUCAUACUUAUCUAGUCAUCAGAUACAUUUACAGGUAUGUGCAAAGAAUUGUUCAAAUUGAGCAAACAAAUUGCGCUAGGGAUAAAAUAGUUCUUUGUCCUAUUGGACUUAGAAAGAGGGACUCUUAGUCGCCGGCCUGAGGGAAGGGCCUCAAAUGAACAAUGAAGGGGGGGAUUUUUACACUCCAAUAUAUAGCCAUUGCUUUCUGAGUAACUUGCUUCUCAUAAAUGUUCAGCAAGGAUACUUGUGGACAGUCCAUCAACUUCCCAUCCACCUUCACAAUAUGGCUGAGGUUGUUUUUGUCGCUAAGGCUGAUGCCCCCAUACCAGGCAUAAAAGAAAAAAUUAGAACAGAUUCUAUAAAAUUUCUAAAAUAAAGACAAACCUUAUCGACAUUAAAGGACUUAAGCUUCCGAAGGAAGUACAAUCGUUGUUGCCCCUUCUUACAAAUAGUAUCAGUAUUAACGUCAAAUUUGAGUUUAUUGUCUAUCAUUGUUCCCAGAUAUUUAUACUGGCCAACCAUCUCUAUGCAGUUUCCAUUUAUAUAUGUAGAUGGUGAAGAACAAGAUUGGUUUCUUCUAAAAUCAAUGGCCAUGUUUUUUUCUUUGAGAUGUUAAGCUGAAGAAAAGACUUGUCACACCAACCGACAAACUCAUUAACCACUGGCCCAUGCUGAGAUUCAUGUUUAUGCAGUAAACUAACAAUAACUGUGUCAUCAGCAAAUUUCAGGAUGUGUCUAUUUAUAUGCUGACUUCUAAAGUCAUUAGUGUAGAGGGUAUACAGUAGAGGGGAAAGUACACAACCCUGGGGAGAGCCAGUGGAAGAGACACGCCUUUCCGAGAGACAACCAUUUACCUUUACUUGUUGUGUUCUGUUAGUUAAGAAAUCCAUAAUCCAGCUCACAAGAUUACUCUCAAGAUUAAAUUCUGAUAGUAGUUUGCUGACUAAAACAUGGGGCUGGAUAGUAUUAAAAGCAGAAGAAAAAUCUAAAAACAAAAGCCUGGCGUGUGUGCCCUGACCAUCUAGAUGACUGUACAGGAGAUUUAGUAGUGUAAUCUGGGCAUCCUCCACCCCUCUUCAAGACCUGUAGGCAAAUUGCCUUGGGUCCAGGGCCUCACCCACCCUUAACAACAAUACACUUCACACUCUUUUCAAAUGACUUCAUGACCAGUGAGGUUAGUGCCACUGGUCUGAAGUGAUUUAAACUCUUUGUAGUGUUGGUCUUUGCCACUGGAACAAUAAUGGACUCCUUCCAUGCCUUUGGGACCCUUCUCUGUUCCAAGGACAUCUCAAAAAUAUCAGUGAACACCCCACUGAGCUGUUCUGAACACCACUUUAACAAUCUCCCAGUAAUACCAUCUGGACCCGGACUUUUAUUGACUUUAUUUCUCUUAAAUACUGACCUGACAUCUUCUUGUGUAAUUGAGAAUGGUGUGGACUUUACCAGAGCUUGCUCCUCAGUUAAUUUCUCAUGUUCAUCUGAAAAGUCAUGAAUAUCAAAAAGUGUUCAAUGCUUCAGAUAAAUCGCUAUCA